AUGUCUGUUACCACAACAGCCACCAGAACGUCGCUGCGGCCUGUCUUGGCCGACUACGAGACGUACCGCUCUGAUCCCCAGCCAGCCAUAGAGAGUGUCGAAUCAACAGCGAUGACGAGCCCUGCAGCACACAUCAACACGCCGCCGAGCUGGCCGACGGACCACCGUCGUGUGCCGCCGUACCGCCCCGUCAACCGGGAGCUCGAUCUCAGCCAGCGGAUGGCCUACAACAACGGAAUCGAACACGCCUUUAUCAGCACCAUGUUCUUUGGCAUACGGGUCGUGACGGUCUUCCAUCGGACAUGGAGAGCGACGGGUGGAAAGAUGAACGACCGGAUAUUCCAUUACGAGCUCGGCGGAGAAUACUAG